CUCUGCUGCCGCAGCUCUUGCCGCGGCCGUACCUCGAGGCGCUCAUCGACCAGUACCUCGCCUUCGCCUUCGUCCCGCACCCGCAGCCGCCCGCCGACGGCCGGCGUGCUUCCGAGGCCGAGGCGUGCGAGGAGGCAGUGAUCGCGCGGCUGCAGCUGCAGCGCGGCCUCUCCUCCUCCUCGUGCGUCUCUGCCGCCGCGGCGACCACGUCCUCCUCCGCAGGGCUCGCGUCGGGUGGGGUGGGCAGGGAGAGCGCCGCUUCCGCCCGGGGCAGCGGCUUGGGCAGUGGCCGAGGAAGCUUCGAGGAUGGCGGCGGCGCGGCCGGGGAUGCGUCGGGUUGCAUGCAUGUCCUCGAGGCGCGCGAGUCGCUCCGCCGCUCGGUUGGCGGGCGCGAGAGCCCUGCGUGCGCCUCCGAGGCCGCGCCGCCGCGCCGCGCGUCGGUGUUUGACUCGAUGGGCUCUGCCCCCAAACUCGACGAGCGGAGGUCCUCCUCCGUGGAGCUGCCGCGCCGCGAGAUCUCGACGCCGAAGCUCAAGCGCGCAUCGCAGGUCGACGGACCGGGUCCGGGCGCCGCGCCGCCGCCGCCGCUCUGCAUCGUCACUCCGUCGGAGGUGGCGCACGAGCGGCGCACGUCCGAGGCGCGCGCCUCUGCCCGCUGCUCGCUUCGUUUCGGCGGCGACAGCGAGCGGAACGAUUCGGCGCGCGGCUCGGCGCCGCCCUCGGCGCGAGACGGCUCUGCGACGCCUUCGGCGCACCCGUCCGGGCGCCACUCCCUCGCCGGGGAGGCUGCCAGCCCGGAGCAGAUCCCGAGCGGGGCGGGCGGCGCAGGCGGGGCGGGCGGCGCAGGAGGGGGGAGGAGGACCCUCACGUGCGCAGAGCUGCAGCCCGCCGCCUCCUUCGCGCGAGGCGGCGGGCGGCGCCACCGCGGCUUCCGCUUCCUCGGCUCGGCGGAGAUCGCGCUGCUCGCCGACGAGGCCGCACGCUCGCGCCUGCCGCUCCUCGGUUCGAUGCUGCCGCUCGAGCUGCCCGAGUCGGCCGCGACGCGCGAGCUCUCGCAGGAGGAGCGCGCCGCCGCCACGCAGGAGCUGCUCGUCCGGCUGCUCGGCGAGCGGCUGCAGGUGCAGCGGCCGUGCGUGCUGCUGAUCGACGACGCGCACCGGAUGCACCCCUCCUCGUGGUCUGUGCCGAUCGCCGAGCUGAGCGAAGCGCAGGAGGGGGAGCUGCUGCGCCGCUGGCUCUGCGUCGACGACUUGCCGCCGCCGCUGCUGCCGGCGGUGCACGCGCGCUCGGGCGGCAACCCGUACUUGGCCCAGGAGCUGCUCUUCGCGCUGCUGCACUCGGGGCAGCUGCUCGUGGAGCUCGAUCCGGCCCACGCCGAGCCGGGCCCCGCCGUAGCAGCGGGCGGCGCGGCUGUCGCGGGGGAAGAGCGCGAGGUGCCAGACUGCGACUACGUGUUCGUCUCUCAGCUCGUGCGCGAGGGAGUGCACGGCAUGCUCCCCUUCAGCCAGCGCGCCCGCCUCCACACCGCCGUCGCCUCGCACCUCGAGCGCCAGGCCGAGCGCGCGCGCCGCUUGGCGCCGCCCGGCGCCGCCGCGCCCGACGGCCGGCGUGGCGGCGCGCCGACGUACGAGGCGACGACGGCGCUGGCGCAGCUGGGAGCGCACUGGCACGCGGCGGGUCAGCUCGGCCGCGCGCUGCGCUGCAGCCACCGCGCGUCGCGCGAGGCAGCCCUGCUCGGCGAGACGGGCUGGGCGCGUCAGCUGCUGGAACUCGCGCUCUCCGUCGCCGAGGAGCGAGAGGCGUUGAGGGCGGCCGCGGCGAGCGGCGGGGAGGAGGGAGGCGGCGGAAGGGGCGGCCGCGACGAGGGGAGGCUCCCGUCGGCGGCGGACCUCGCGGACGAGGUUGCGACGCUGCGGCGCGUCGAGGAGUGGGAGGCGCGCCGUGCGGCAAGCGAGGCGAGCGCGGAGCCUCCUCCGGCCCGCUCGCACUCCUCCUCGCUGCUCGACGAGCAGGAGGCGGAGGAGGCUAUGCCUCCGCGCCUCCUUACCAGCCUGAGCGAGCCGCUGCCACCGCCGCCCGCCCGUGGCUAGAGGGGCGCGCACGGAGAGGGCGCAAAGACGGGAACUAUGGAACACAUACGCGCCUGUCCGCCCUGUUUAUACUUUCGUACUUUGUUGUGGGGUGUCGUCGUUGCUGUAGUGCCUAUGGUACAACGUACACAAGGG